GAACGGCUACUUGACUCCCUCUAUAGUUCCGGUGGCUGGGUUGCUUUCUUGCUGUUUCGUACUUUCGACGUACUUUCGAAACCACUGUGAUUGGUACGGUAAAGCCCUUGAUUUGGUCUAUCAACCGACUGUCGGACAUUGCAUCACAACAUUCGGGGCAGCGAGAAGGGCGCAAAUCGCACGCCGACCGGCGAUUCACGACAUGUAUCCCCUACAGAUGGUCUUAUAGGGAAUCCCGUCUGCUGCUUCGACCGGUGUCAAUUGAGGGGCACCGUCCGAAUAUGGGGGAUGAUGGUCAUCUGGCUCCCCGCCAGAUCUGGGCGAACCCGACGACGACCAGUACAAAAUCGUACGAACCGGGCUGUACUCCUUUCUUAUUACCCAGUGAUGGCCUCCUCUAUUUCAACAACACAUAUGCAAUAACCCUCACCGCGAAUGGUGUCUACGAACCGAUCUGUACUGGUGGACCGCGGCCGCCGAGUCACGCGAACCCGAACCUUGAUACCCGCGAUCCCUUUUAUUCCUCCGUGAUUCCCCAGCUGUACGCCAUCGGCUGUGCCACUGUUGUCAGCUAUCUACUCGUCAUUAUCCUCCUUAUCACCCCACGCACAUUCUAUGUUGGCGGCCCCGGGGGUGGCGCCAACUUUUUGGGUCGUCAUGGCAUGAUUAGCGGUUCCUACAGCGGCAAUUCUUCCGUCGUGGGCGUCGGGGGGCGCCCAUGGCUGCAGAAGGUCGCGGCCCUCCUGGUCGCCAUAUCCCUCACAAUAGCGACGGCAGACUCGUUCCGUGUCGCUGAACGGCAAUACAUCCAUGGGUUCUCCGAUGCCGAGGCGCUCUCCGCGGAGGUGAUUGACGGGAUGGAGAUUCGCGUGGUUCGGGUCAUAUCCAGCACGUUUCUCUGGCUCGCGCAGGUCCAAACGCUCAUCCGAUUGUUUCCUCGACACAAGGAGAAAAUCAUGAUCAAAUGGGCGGGGUUCGCCCUGAUUGUCUUGGACACGGUAUUUAGCUGCCUGGAUAAGUUUCACGCCCAGUCAAACACAACACGACCGCGGCUUUACGAGGAUGCGAUCCCCGCUCUCAGCUACCUCUUCGAGCUCGCACUCAAUCUCCUCUACGCCGCCUGGGUCAUCUUCUACUCCUUGUCGAAACAUCGAUUUGCCUUCUUUCAUCCGAAAAUGCGGAACAUCUGCCUGGUGGCGCUCUUGUCCCUCUGCGCCGUGCUAAUUCCCGUCGUGUUCUUCGUUCUGGAUAUCGCCAAGCCCGAAUGCGCUGGCUGGGGGACUUACAUCCGUUGGGUCGGAUCGGCGGCGGCGAGCGUCGUCGUCUGGGAAUGGGUGGAGCGCAUUGAGGCCCUAGAGCGCGACGAACGCAAGGAUGGCAUCCUUGGGCGGGAGAUCUUCGACGGCGACGAAAUGCUGGAGGUGACGCCGUCCGAGGAGGUGGACUGGCCUCGCCAGGCGUCGAAUGUCCCCAAUCGAGGUGGGGGAACCGGCGCUUCGUCUGGCUGGGGAGGGAUGAUGGGCCUGGCGCAUCGACCGUUGCGGAACCGGGUCGUCUUUCCCGGCAUCGGCCGUCCCGAUCUGGAGAGCAACGCAGCGGGCUCCCGGCGUCGGCGACCGGCGCGUCCCACACCUCCGCCCGCCGCGGUGACCCCCGUCAGCCGCGCCGACACGACCAGCGCGGCGAGCACGGUGUACAAUGUUCACUACCACCCGGUUUCCAGCCCCACGCCGCCCGCAACCAUGCCUCACAUGGACGAGGCGGAGGAGGAAGAGCAUGACCUACACGCGACGGCGGCGGACAAAGAGCUAUCGAGCACCCUGGACGGGAGACCGGGCGACGACCUCGCCCACCACGGCCUCUCCGCGCAGGACACUCGCGAGCACUCGCCACAGAUUAUCCGCACCGACCCCCGGUGGCGGACCUUCUUCAACGCGUUCCGCCGACGACGUGCAUCCCUGCCCCGGGAAGUCGCCUCGGCCCAGGCAUACGAGGAGCCCCAUCGGAGAUCCGAGGAAUACGACCCGUUCAUGGAGCACCAGGACGAGCCCCCGCGGUCGCGGAUGGAUCACCUCAUGCCGUUCCCCUGGAGAACCCCGCCCGGGUCGGGUCGGCCGGGGUCCGACACCCCCUUACCCGUCACCGUCAUCCCCGCCCGACGACGCGGCCCACACGCCUGGUCGCACGAGUGGUCCAAGGACCCCAACCUCCUCGGGCGGCCCCCCAGUCCGCGGGCGCGCUCCAACCGUCCUGACCUGCCGGUGCGGGUGAUCCAGCCGCAGACCCAAACGGCCGCCCCGUGGGAACCUCCCAGCGCCGGGGAGUUCGGCCAUGGGGACACCCAGUUACGGUAUGACCCCGACGCGGCGGCCCUGAUCGGCCUGGAUGACCAUCACUCGGAUCGGGGUUCGGCGCAGCAUGGAGAGAUUCCAGAGGAUCGCACGACCACCAGCGGGCCCUCGCGACCCUCGGCCUCCACCGGACCCUCCCCCGCCGGUUUCGACUCCGCGUCCCCUCCGGUGGACCAGCAUACGGACGGUCGGCCCUCGCGAUCGGACGAUCUGCACGAUGACGCAUCCCACCCGGGCUAGGGUUCCUUCAUCAUCUUCCACGGCAGUCCCUGGCCGACGUUCUCACCGCGUUGGAGGUGUUGAGGGGUUGCGAUUGCAUUCAUCUUUCUUCGUUCGAUUCCAUUCGGUGCUCUCUGAUAUCCUGGUCUUUUCUUCCUCUGGAUUUAGCACGGUGUCUGGAGAUAUAUAAAUUUUUUUCUUUCUACAUUUCCCUUUCUUGUUGUGGUUUCUCCACUGGGUCUAGGUCUUUCUGUCCUUCCCUUGGGCAUCGGGUGGACUGGUUUUUGGGUAUGGUAAGGUAUUGGGUAUAUUCUAUUGAAAUGGGCGUGCCGGGGACAUGAAUUAGGUCCGAAUUGAUCUCUAUGACUUGUCUGUAUAUAUAUCAAAUCUAUCUGUCUACAUAAUGAUAAUCUUUCAUGAUAC